AUGAAUGUGACUGCUUCAAUCAAUGCUAAGAGACCAAGCCACCAAGCAAGAUCUCUGGAGCAACUCAAAUCUAAAUAUGAGAAUUUGAAAACAAAAUUAAGAAAAUGUGCGGCGAGUUAUCAAAAACAUUUGAAGGGAACAGGUGGUGGGCCAUCAAACGAACCUGAUUGGGAUCCAGUAAUUGAGGCUGUACUCAGAAUAAUCAAUGAAAAACCAGUGAUUGGAUUUCAGAACUCGUUUGAUUCAGAUUACAUUGAUAAUGCCAGUGAUUUGAUCAAUGACAUUGAAGUGGAAAAUCAUGAUGUAACAGAAGAGUUCUAUUUAGUCAUGGAUCCUGCUGAAGUAGAAAACCAAAUUACUAACACAGUGGAAGAUUUUGAUACUGUUGAAGAUAUCAUAACUGUACCAAAAAUGCUAAAUCAAAAGACAGAUGUUGAGCUGAUAAAUAACCAGCAUCAGGAUGCUGAGUUGGAGAUAUCUUCAAAUUCAAAUGAUUGGUCCAAGUAUACACCCAGGAAAUUGAAAACGCCAAUCAACAAAAAACUCCGACAAAAAACACCUAUAUCAAGUGCUUUACAGAAUGCCAAACAAGAAUAUUAUGUGAAAAGAACAGCUCUACUAGAAAAAUAA